CAAAAAGGCUUGCAUUUUUGUGUACGAAUACGGUUCCGAAAUUAUUUAUCUAUUUACCCGUAAAUAUCGCACAAAUAUUCCUCCAAAAUGUCUCUCUCGGCGAACAUUAGUGUGGAGGCACCGAUAGAAAAUCAAAUACAGGAGAUUGCGUAUGACGGAACUGAAAUAUACCAGCUCCCACCGACACUUUCGGAACAUCUCGCCAAAUGUGCAACAAAGAUCGACUUUAGCAAAACAUCCAGCGAUAUCGAUCUGCUGCAGCAAUCUAUCAAAAAGGAAGAUGAAAAGAAGGAGGAGGAAUCGAAAGAUCCAAAGGAACAGUUCCAAUCGAGUUUGUGGCCCUGGGACUCGGUGCGCAACAAGCUGAAGGAAGCACUGACGGAAGUCUGUGUCCUGUCCGACGUGUUGAACAUUGCGAAGGAAAAACGAUACAUGGUGCUCGAUCCAAUCCCGCAGGAACCACCGGAAGUGAAGCAAAUGGUGCUUGUGUACGCCCGAAAGAAAGCUUUGGCCAGUGCGGCAAACAUUCUACAGAGUGGUGUCGAACGGCUGAAAGCGGUACAGAGCGAUCAAGGAGUGAAUCGUUCCAAUUCGACCGAUUUCCACAUUGAAUUGUUACGCCUGCGACGCAACUGGCGGUUGAAGAAGGUGUCGAAUACUAUUAUUGGUGAUCUGAGCUAUCGGACGGCCGGUUCGAAGUUUAUGCACCCGGGAAUGUUCGAGGUAACGAAAGCGGAAGAUGAAGAAUCCGGUUCACCACCGGCCAGCCCGUCCGGAUCCAGUGCGGCUGGAACGGUAGCCUGUCCGAAGAUAAAUUCUGCACUGCGUGUUAACGUACCUACCGAGCUGCAGGGUGUUGCGUUCAUAAAGGUGAUUACGCAGAAGGAUCAGGAAGAUCUCUGUACUGCUACGGUAAACAUGAUGGGAUCGACACAGCUCGUUCCACAGGCCGGUGCCUGGCAACAAACGCUGGAGUACGCGCAGAAUGUGCUGUUUUGUAAGGAACUGUUCAAUCAGCUCGCCCGUGAAGCGGUCCAACUGCAAGCACCGAUCCCACACGUCGUCGUGGGCAAUCAAAUCCGUGCGACCCUGCUACCAGGCAUUCAGCUCAUCAUCAGCUUAUGUCACUCGACGUCUUCCGAUUCGAACAACAGCUCCGAACCGAUCAAAGACCAUGAUCACGUACUGGAGCAUAGUUUGCAUCAGUUGCUGCGAGAGUUUCAUCACAAGAACACACACCAUCCAUUUCCGCAUCCGGCCAGUGGUCCGCUCGGGCCGAGCAAGAAGCGUAUGCUGGCCGGUCCCUCAGCGGUCGACCGUCACGAGCUGCUUGAAAUGACAAAAUCACAAACGCUCUUGGAGCAAAUCAUUGCCCAAGCGCAACACAUUUUCACACGCCGCCGAACGCAAUACGUGCUAGAUACGGUCGCCCGAGACGUGAAGGAUCCGAUGAUAACAUCCCAUUGGAACGCGAUGAACAGUCCGACCAUGUCGUGCGUAAAGAUUAACAUUACAUCGCACGGGUACGAUGCGAAUUUGCGCACUUCGCUGGUAAUUCACGUGAAGGAACGCUCGCUCAAGUGUAUCUGUCGCGAUGGCCGCAUCAUGCACAUGUCGUACGAACCGCAAGAACUGCGCGAUCUGAUCCUCUGUCAAAUUAGCCAACAUCAGAUCGUGUGUCUGCAGAAUCUGGCAAAAUGUAUGGCAUGGCAGAUUCUUUCCAGCAGCAGCCAUCUGGGUAUCGGCGCGGUGGAACCGCUUGGCAAUGCGAGUUCGUGCGUGCUGGCAUCGCCGAACAGUGAUCGAUUGAUCGCGGUACAGGUGCGCUGUGAUUCGCAGAUCGAUGUUAAGGUGUACAUUGCGCAGAGUCCGGCCAAGGACUUUUUCCCCGGUUCGCUUGUGCAGGGACGGCACUGGGAACAUUUGGGUGGUCACUUUAAGGAGGUUCGGUUUGAUAAGAUGGAGGGAAAAAAUUUCCACAACAAAAUGGAAUUCUUGAUGGCAAGCCUCACCAGCCAGUCGUAGAGUAUUUUACUUCCAGCACUGUACGGUUAAUCAUACUA